AUGACGGAAGAGGACGAGCCACUGUUCAUCGACAACAUCAUGAGCUCGACCCUCCCCCCGUGGUUUCGGAUGCCAACUGUCACCCCAUAUACCGACUCUGGGGACCCCACAAGGCAUUUGAAAUCUUUCAGGGCAUGGAUGGAGCUCCAGUCGACAUUCAAGCCGAUCAUAUGUUGCACUUUCUACCUAACCUUAGCAGGGGCUAUGCGGAGCUGGUAUAGGCAGUUGAAGCCGAAGUUGAUUAAUUCUUUUUCUGACCUCAGCAAGGCAUUCCUAAUGCAAUUCAUUUUCGGGAAAGAACGGAGAAAAUCAUCCACUCACCUACUCACUAUUAAGCAGAAAGAAGGUGAAGCGCUGAAGGAUUACAUUAUACGGUUCAAUGAAGAGGCAGUGCAGGUGAACGACUACUCAGACAAAAUAGCCUUGACCGUCAUGAUAGUCGGACUCAGGGAAGGAAGUUCUCAGAAAGCUACUCAAGACGUUAAGAACUCAACUAAGGACAAGAAGCGGAAAGAGGAAGCCCCAUCCCAAGCACCCUCCAACAAAAGGAGAAAGGACGAGAAGCCAGUGAGAGGUCAACGACCAAGCAUACGACCUAAGAGUAGAUUCAACUCAUAUACCCCUAUCUUGGAAGUUCGGGAUAAACGAUUGAUGAAAUGGCCAAAUCAGAUAAAGACCGAUGUAGACAAGCAGGAUAAGCAAAAGUAUUGUCACUUUAACUGUGACCACAACCAUUCCACCAGUGACUAUUUUGACCUCAAAGAAGAGAUCAAGGCUCUUAUUCAUAGUGGGCACUUGCGGGAAUACGUCAAAGAAGAACGAUCAGGUCGGAAGGAUGAGAAUCCCAUCAGAACAAUCAAAAACAACCCCACUGGUGAAAUACGUAUUAUUUUUGGCAGGCUUGCGGGAGGUGGUGAUUCAAACCAGGUCCAAAAGGCCCAUGCUUAG